AUGCAGAACUCUUGCUGCCUUGCUGAGCGGGGAAGCGUUCGACCCCCUCUUCCCCUCCUCGCCUCAAUGGCGGAGAAGAUCACAUGCCGAACUUUGAACUCUUCCAUCCGCAGCGAGGACCUGCUGAGUGACAUGGAGCUCCUGCCCGCCUCCAUGCCCACAACUCCUGCACAGCAGGUGCCCCGUGCCCAGUCAGCCAGCCCCUUUGCUUCCAAAGUGACUACGCAGCUGUACACCUCGCUCCACCAGGGCUGGCAGGCUGAGGCUCAGGCACGAUCCCACCUGGAGGCCCAACGCAGUUUGAGCUUGGCCAGGGAAAGUGAGGCUUCUGAAGUAGACCUCGAUACCCUGGCAGAGGAGCUGAGCCACAAGCUUUCAACCGGCGUGGAGGCCAGUGCGUACAGGAAGGGUGGCGCUGCUGAGCCCCGCCACAUCUCGGAGAUGGAGAACGUGCGCUGCCACUUACAGAGUAUGCUCCGUAGCUCCAGAGAGGCUGCCCAUGGGGACAGCAUGGCUGUGGGAACCUUCGAGCGGAAAGACAACGACUCAUUUGAGAGCGACAGCACGGCUGCCCUCCUCAAUGCCCGGCCCCUGCAAGAAAUCUCGCCGGCUGGAUCCGUGUCAGGCUUUGAGGAGCUGUUUCCUCGCUACACGAGCCUUCGCCUGGGCCAGAUCCGCGAGUCUUAUGCCGAUUCCCACCUUCUGAAGGACUCCUUGGACAAGGAGCAGGCCCGGCGGAAGCACUGUGAGCGGCACAUCCAGGCCUUGCAGAACCGCCUCCUGGAGCUACAGCAGCAGCUGGCCGUCGCCAUCUCAGCAGACAAGAAGAAAGACAGCAUGAUCGAGCAGCUGGACAAAACCCUGGCCAAGGUGGUGGAGGGCUGGAACCGGCAUGAGGCUGAGCGGACAGAGACCCUCCACAGGCUGCAAACGGAGAAGGAGGCUGCGGUUCAAGCACUGAGGAGGCACAGAGAGAAAAUGGAAGAGGCUGAAGGGCGCCUCGAAGAAGCCUUGUCCGCCCUCAGCCAGGAACAGCAAACCGCCAGCCUGUAUUGCAAGCAAAAGGAGAUGCUGGAGGAGGAGAAGGCCUCCCUGUUGCGCAGCCUGGAGGCGGAGGGGCAGCGGGUGUGCAACCUGCAGGCGGACUGGGACCUGGAGCGUCGGCAGCAUGAGGCGCUGCGGGCCACGCUGGAGGAGCAGCAGCGGAGCUGGGCGCAGCGCGAGAGGCAGGCGGAGCAGCAGUGCCAGGCCCUGCAGGAGGAGAGCCGCACCCAGCUGGAGAAGGAGAAGGCCAUUGCCCAGCGAGAGGCCCAGAAGUCAGCCGAUGCCCAGCGCGUUCUGGUUUCGGUGCAGACGGAAGUGCAGGGCCUGGAGAGUGAGCUGGAAGCCAUGCGUCGAGAGCGGGACGGCCUGAAGAUGGAGAUGAGUUUGGUCAAGGCACGUUAUGAGUCCCAGAAGGUAAAACUGGAGUCGGAGCUGAAGGUGGUUUUGGAACAGCAGGUGACGGAGCGGCUGGCGGAGGUUCACGAGGAGAGCUUGCGCCAGAUGAGCACCAUGCGGGAACAGCACAGGAAGCAGCUGAUGGACCUCGGCAGCCACCACGAGAAAGAGCUGGCCAGCCAGCUGGCCCAGUUCAAAUCCGACCUGGCAGAGCGGGAUGAACGGCACCGGCAGCUCAUUGAGGACUAUGAGGACAGGAUAUCCCGGCAGCAGGAAGAGAUGCGGGAGCUGCAGGCCAAGUGUCGGCGGCUGGAAGCACAGCGCGCGGAGAUGGCCAGCCAGUUCCAGGCCAUGAUGCACGCGCACUGGAACGAGGCCCUGCGCCUCUUUGCCUGCGUCUCUCCCAAGCCCUGCGCCAAGGAUCCACAGCAGGAUGGUCCCUUGAACCCGGGCCCUGCUUCGGAAGUGGAGUGCCUUCAGCUCUUGGAGCAUCUUAAGAAGGACCAGAAGGGGGAAUCCCUCAGGAGUAGUCAGGGCACGGGGGACUGCAAGGGGGCAGGAUGGACCCAGGCCUUGCCCCGACAGCCCGUAGCUCAGCUCAGCGCCCUGCAGGGGUCCUCAGAAGGCCCCGAGAAGUCCCUGCUGGGUCCUUACCGGCCCUUCCUGCCCCUGCUUCCCGACACGGGGCGCCUCUCGACGGAGUUCAGCCACAUCCUCAACUGCAGCGUUCUCAGCCAGCAGGGCUUCCAGCCGCUGGAGCCACAGAUGGACCACAUGGGAGCCGUGGCAGGCCUGACUCUCCACUCUGAGAACUUGGCCGAGCAUCCGUUCACCGAUGACACCGAUGAGACGAUCGCAGAGGUGGUGGGAAGCGAGGGUGACACCCCCCAGCACAGCAGCUUGGAGAGCGGAGGCCGGCCCUUCCAGCCUGAUUUGCAGCACUACGUGCGCCUGCUGCUGGAGCAGUCUGCCAAUGAAAACUGCGCUCAGAAGCAAGAGGGAUUUUCGGGGGAACACCCACCACACCUCACAGAACAGGCGCAGAUGGGCACGUCUCUAUCCUAUCACGAUCGGUCCACGGCCCUCUGGGAUCCCAUGCGUGCCUCUGUCAGCACCAUUCGAAUCCAGCCCGCCAGCAACGCUGCCGUCCACAAAACCAAAGUUCCCUUGUCCAAAGCUGGGGUGGCCUACGUUGGCUUGGAAGCCUCCAGCGCUCAGAAGCAGAACCCUGUGCACGAAGGGGGAAUCCUGUCUCCCAGACAAGUGGCCGAAGUUUCGCGCCUGUUGAAACAGCACCAGGCCAAGGGGAAGCUGGUGCCUUCCACUGAAGAGCUGUAUGGAUAUUUGCAUAGGGUGGCCCCCACUCGGCGGGUGGGCCUUAGCCGGGAGAGGCCUCACUCUGCCCCCAAAGCCGGGAAGAAACCCUCUGGUGUACCGACCUCAAAUGUCCGCCACAGCAAGGGAGGAGGUGUGUGGAGAUGA